AUGAGGCAGGAAUCGGUCGACCAAAAAUGGCGGCAAGCUGCUCCGCAAUUAUUGUUACCCGUUUUGCAAUGGGCUUUCGAUGCGACGAAUCUCAUCGAAUGGACAUUCGGACUCCCGUCCGAACAAAAGCCUCUUCUCUUCUUAAUCGUGCUCCUGCUCGCCGCUGUUCCAGCUGCGGAAGCCAGUGUCGACUCUCUCGAUCCUCGCAAGCGCAUCAGCGACUAUGCCCUCGUCAUGGGCAUGUUCGGCAUCAUCAUGAUGGUCGUCGAAAACGAACUGUCCAGCGCCGGUGUUUACAGCAAGGCCUCGUUUUUCUCGACAGCACUGAAAACCCUGAUCUCUGUGUCUACUGUGAUACUGCUUGGCCUCAUAUUUGCUUACCAUGCCUUAGAAGUUCAGUUGUUCAUGAUCGAUAACUGCGCGGACGACUGGCGGAUCGCGAUGACCUGGCAGCGGAUCGCGCAAAUCUCGGUGGAGCUGGCGAUUUGCGCGAUCCACCCGAUCCCGGGCGAGUACUACUUCCUGUGGACGACUAAGCUAGCGAACAAGAACGGCGACAUCGGCUCCAAGUGGGUGCCGUACGACGUCACUCUCUCGCUACCGAUGUUCCUCAGGCUCUACCUCAUCUGCCGGGUGAUGCUGCUACACUCGAAACUCUUCACGGACGCGUCGUCGCGAAGCAUAGGGGCCUUGAAUCGCAUCAACUUUAACACCAGGUUCGUCCUCAAGACCCUGAUGACUAUCUGCCCGGGCACGGUGCUGCUAGUCUUCAUGGUCUCCCUGUGGAUCAUCGCCUCGUGGACACUGCGACAGUGCGAGAGAUUCCACGAUGAGGAACAUGCAAAUCUCCUCAACGCCAUGUGGCUCAUCGCCAUCACGUUCCUGAGUGUCGGUUUCGGUGACAUCGUGCCCAAUACAUACUGCGGUCGAGGUAUAGCCGUCUCCACCGGAAUGAUGGGCGCGGGGUGCACCGCUUUGCUGGUGGCAGUCGUCUCCAGGAAGCUCGAGCUUACGCGGGCGGAGAAGCACGUGCACAACUUUAUGAUGGACACACAAUUAACGAAAAGGUUAAAGAACGCCGCGGCGAACGUGUUGCGGGAAACGUGGCUGAUUUACAAGCACACCCGCUUGGUGAAACGCGUCAAUCCCGGACGCGUGAGGACCCAUCAGCGGAAAUUCCUGUUGGCCAUAUACGCACUCAGAAAGGUGAAAAUGGAUCAGCGUAAAUUGAUGGACAACGCCAACACUAUAACGGACAUGGCCAAGACACAAAACACCGUCUACGAGAUCGUCUCGGAUAUGAGCACGCGGCAGGACGCGGUGGAGGAGCGUCUAGUGGGUCUGGAGGACCGUUUGGUCGGCCUAGAGGAGAAGCUGACCUCAUUGCAGGGCCAGCUGGAGCUAUUGCCCGAGGAACUGACCCGCUGUUUGGCGCAGCACGCCGAGCGGAUGGAGCAACGGCGUAACUUCCUCCACCCGGAUACCGUUGAAAUACGCGGGCCCGCCUCGCCCCACCCCCUCGCCAGUCUCUCCAACUCACCUUUGCUGCCGCAUUCGCGCAGCGUGCCCAGCGCGCCCAGCACUAUGUCCCUGCACCCAUGGCCGGUCAGCCCGGUCUUACCGCCCGUCUCCAGCCGUACGCCCCACCUGGUGCCAGAAACCGGCAGGCAUCAUGGUCUCAGUCACUCCGCCACGGUGACCACGACAUCACAGUCGGCCACCAGGCUCACUUCGCAGGCCGGCAUGGGUGGGCUAGGCAACAGCCAAGGCUCGGAUACGUCGGCGCACAGCUGAGUCUCGUCUCUGCAGCCGCAGCACUCGUACUAAGGCCCCUCGCCGGUUUUGCGCGCGAUCACGCCUCGCGGCCGUGCCCAAGGAUUGUCGAUCGGUGCCGACGCCUUGCCGGCUGGAUCACAAUUGAUACAGUAUAUUACCGGGGAUAUGAUCGCGCUACGAUUGGCUGCAGGCUUGCUCUUCGCACAAACGAAUCUGAGAACUCUCGUCUAGAGCAGCGUAUCCUUGUCCGCGUUAGCUACUUGACGGUCCGCUGUAAUCCGCAUUUAAUUGCCGAAUUUAAUCGAUGAUCAUUCGCAUGAACUCUCGUUGGUACUUUUGCCAGGCAAUUAGCAUUUCAGGAGAAGUGGCUUCAAUAAUAUAAGCUCGCUUCUAGUUUGAAAACAAUUGCCACGAAGAGGAUAGAGAUUCUUAAGUAAGAGAUUGAACAUCGUUUAGACAACUUUUGAUUAGUCUCUCUCUCUACCAUAUUUAGGGUGGUAUAUGAGAUAAAUGUCUAUCUCAUUCUACCUUAAGUAUUUAAUCCGCCAUAUUCAGAACGGUCCAAUCUCAUACUCGAGGAUCUCUAAAGGAAGGCUACCAAUCGUGCUAUCUAUCUAUCUAACGAAUUCCUCAAGCAGAUUUGUAAAUUAGUUCGCCAUACAAAUUUUUCACUGCACCACGCGUCAUCCUCCUCACGAGUGGUAAUUCUUUUGUAAAUUUCAAAGUAAAAGUCUCUUAAUCGUCGCAGAGCAAAAGUUUCGGAACAACAUUGUUAAGAUUCGCAAUUCGUUUUUACACAAACCACAACCUACAAAUAUACAUGUGAUUGUCGAGGAUACACCGCACUAAGCGGGAGUUCUGCAUCAGCCGGGUCGGUCGGACACGGCCAUUUGUUUCCGCGUGCGAAACUCGUCUAACGAUGGGCCUUCUUGCGUUCCGCGCGUACCUUCGAGCCCCUCCUCAAAAAGUCGACCAAAGAUCCAAUUAAAAUGACGAGCGAUCGUAAGAGAAUUUAAAUUCAGAAAUUGGACGUGUAACAAUUGUGCGUG